UUACAGGCUCCACCCACCAUCUUCCCACCUUCUCUGUCCUGACAAUGUCACAUGCACAUGCAGACAGCUUCACACCCACACAUCCUCCUCCCACAUGGAUUAUAGACUGUGAGAUAUUAGAGCUUAGGUGACAUAUGACCCACACAAGCAUUUCUCACCCUCUUUCUCUCCACAAAAUCCAAAAAAUCAUUAACAAAAUUAAUAAAAUACAAUAUAGAGAAUAAAACCUUUGUGCCAGCUCUAACCAGAUUGUUUAACUCAUUUUUAUGAUAUUACUUACACCCCUCACCAAUAACAACAUAAUUCACCCUUCCUCUUCUCUCCUCUGCCUCUAUUAACAUCUCUUUGCACUUUCCAGUGGCAUUAGUUUCACUUUUGGUGGUUUAAGCCAUUGUUCCUCUCCUUCUUUAUUUGCAUUGUUUGUGGCCAUUAUCAUUCAAGGUUGAUCUGGUUUGUUUUCCAACAAGGUUUUCUCUGAAGCAGUGAAACCAUUGGAUUAAGCUUCCUGGGAUUUCCCUUUUCACCUUGCUGUUUCAGUUGGUUUUGGCAUGUGAUUAGGAGGUUGGGAAAGUGCUGUGCAGUUCACAACCAAAUAUGUUAAAGUUUUCACCUUUCAUAUUAUUCAGAACUCAAAUCUGUAGAAUUUGAUGAAAUUAGCUGGAGGGUAGUCUCUGUGAAUGUUUUAGAGGUCCUCUUCAGUUUUGCAAGCUAAUUUUUAUUUGCAAUUGUAAGAACUUGUUUUCUAAUGAUUCUCCCCCCACAUGGAAUUACAGAACUUUGGAAACUGUUCAAUUUUCAUUUAGUUAUCAGGGACAGGAAAGCCAAAUUUGGGGAUUGCACAUAACUUUAAGGGUGAAGGAAGAGUAAGGAGGUUCAUCUACUUGUCACUAAGUCCAGUGAGUUAUAUUUUCUGAUGGUGAUGAGCCUUGUGAGCUCUAAGAAAUUCUUGAUUCUAUCAUGUCACAAUUGUAAUAGAAUCAUAAUCCUUACCCAGAAAGGAUUUGCUGUUUGCAAUAUUGUGUGAUCAGAUUUGAGACUAAUAAGUCAAAGCUUUUAUGAGGAGGUUGUAAAUUGUAAUUGAUUGUGGUGGUUGAGAGGUUGAAUUGAAUUGGAGGAAAAAAAAAGGUUGACAUGGCAGCAAAGCUCCUGCAUUCUUUAGCAGAUGACAACCCAGAUCUGCAGAAGCAGAUAGGAUGCAUGACUGGGAUUUUCCAACUCUUUGAUCGUCACCCUACUCUCACGGCUCGCCGCAGUAGCAGCCAGAAGAAGUUUCCAUAUGGUAAUGCAUACAUCAGUGGUGGCAGCUUGGACAGAGAUCCUAACAGCAGACACCAUGGACAUACAGCAAUUGAUACAAGCUUAAACAAGGUUGUGACUGAAAAGCAAAGAAUUUCAACAGAAUCAUCAAGAGCAUCAUUCUCUUCUUGUUCAUCAUCAGUAUCCUCUCUGGACUGUAAGGCUGAAGUAGACGCUCCCUUUGACCGGAUUAUUUUCCCGGAAACUCCUUCAAGGGACACAGUUAUGAACCAACCAACUAUCUCAUCCCAUUUAGGACGGCACUCACUCGAUCUUAGGGAUGUGGUGAAGGAUUCCAUGUACAGGGAAGCACGAGGACUGUCGUUGAAGACUACAGCCAAAGAGGAAGGCAUUCAUGCCAUGAAGCACAGGGAUUCCCCACGACCAGUUUUGCUAUCCAAAUCUGUUGAUGGAGCUUAUGGAGUUGGAAUAGAUGGAAAACAAAGUGCGCCUAUUGAUCUAAAGGAGUCUAUCCGAGUUCUUGCUAAACUUAGAGAAGCACCUUGGUAUUAUGCAGAAACUAGAGAGCUUCCAAGAUCAUCACAUGAAGCUAAAGAUGGACACUGGCAUUCCAUCCCAAAGGAUGCUCCUUGGUUUGCUUAUGAUGGAAGAGAAACGAGUCGCCUAUCUUUCGAAUCGCGAGAUACCAUCAAAUCCACACCAAAGCUAAAAGAGCUUCCUAGACUUUCUCUGGAUAGUAGGGAAGGUUCAUGGCGCGCUUAUAGCUCUGAUUCAAAACACAGCCAGCUACAAAGAAAUGUUAACAGUGGCACUGGCACCUCUACCUCAGAUGAAAAAUUCUCUAGCCUGCAACAGAGUCGGCCGCCGAGUGUUGUGGCAAAACUAAUGGGCUUGGAAGCCUUACCAGAUUCCUCUUUAGGUGGUGAUAACCAAUCAAGGUCAACUGAAACUUUCUCGGCUCGAAAUAAUGAUCAGUUUCCAAGAUCAUCUUCAAAGAAUGGAUUCACUAGGCCACUCCGAGUUUCUAAUUCUCCGAAAAGCUCUUUGAAAGAUCCAACUUCACCAAGGAGGAAGAAUCCUGAUGUGGUUAUGAAACCCCUCUCAAGUUCAAAGUUUCCCAUUGAACCGGCGCCAUGGAAGCAGCAGGAUGGAAACAGAAGAUCUCAGAAAUUAAGUUUAAGGCCCACAAAAGCACCUCUAAGAACAUCAGAUUCAUUCCCUUCAGUUUAUAGUGAGAUAGAGAAGAGAUUGAAGGAUCUUGAAUUCAAACAAUCUGGAAGGGAUCUGAGAGCAUUAAAGCAGAUUCUUGAGGCAAUGCAAGAAAAGGGGCUGUUGGAGAGCAGAAAAGAAGAACAAGGUCCAAAUGUUGAUGGAAAUCAAAGUGAUCACUAUGAAUCAAGAGCUACCAAACUUAUUCAGAAUUCCAGGUCAGCUAGGCAACAAAAUCCUCAAGGAAACAGUUUUCUAUCUUCCACGAUCAAGGGAUCUGACUCAUCAGCAAGGGGUUUUGAAUCCCCAAUAGUGAUAAUGAAACCAGCUAAACUUGUUGAGAAAACUGGGAUUUCUGCUUCUUCAGUCAUUCCAAUUGGUGGCUUUUCUGGCUCCCAUAAACUCCACAAUAGUGGUGCAUAUGUAGAUAAUCAAAACAACACAUCUUCUACUCGGGCAGCGAAAGAUCAGUCUCCCAAAAACAUUCGCCGUGAUGCCUCUGCAGGUUCCAGUGAUAAGAAAGCAAGUGGUACCAAAACAACAAGAUCAGCACAAUCUCAAUCCAGGUCAAACCAACUUCCAAAAGAUAAUAGCCAAAGUUCAGUUAAGCACUCUGGAUCUGUGAGCCCAAGAUUGCAGCAACAGAAAAAGUUGGAGUUAGAGAAGCGAUCUCGUGAUUCUCGUCCACCUACCCCACCAUCAGAUUCAAACAAACCCAGAAGGAAAUCAUCUGGUAAGAAGGCCACAGAAUCAGGUUCCCCAGGUGGAAAACUAAGAACCAAAGUCCCCAACUCACAGCAUUGUGAUGAGCAACUCAGUGAGAUAAGCAAUGAUUCAUUAAGUGUAAGUUGCCAUGGGGAUGAACUUUCUCUGCAAUCAGACAGCACCGCCGAAGUCACCAGCAGGUUCCAAUCUGCUGAUAUUGAUGACAGCCGAAGCCAGUCCUUGAAGGCUAUAAAGCAGUUGGUUUCGGAAGCAGUUCAUGAAAAAUCAACUCCCAGGUUGGAUGAGGAUGAGACAAUUGCAGAACUUGCAACGGAUGCGCCAGAACACCCAAGUCCUGUCUCAGUUCUUGAUGACUCAGUAUAUAGAGAUGAUCUGCUAUCCCCUGUAAAGCAGAUAUCUGAAGUUCCAAACGCUGAUGAUGCUCAAGAAACUGAAGAAAAUGAGGCUAAAGAUGAGUGGAACCCUGUAGUAGAUAGCCUUUCAUUUAACAGCACAGGAUCCGCAGAGAUCAAUCGCAAGAAAUUACAGAACAUAGAUCACCUUGUGCAGAAGCUUCGACGGCUGAACUCUAGUCACGACGAAGCAAGAAUCGACUACAUUGCUUCCUUAUGUGAAAACACAAAUCCAGACCACAGAUACAUCUCUGAAAUAUUACUAGCUUCAGGUCUCCUACUAAGAGACCUAAGUUCUGAGCUGCUAACAUUUCAACUUCACUCGUCGGGUCACCCCAUCAACCCCGAGUUAUUCCUCGUCUUGGAGCAGACCAAGGCUAGUAAUUUGCUUUCGAAAGAAGAGAGCAACAAUGGAAAAAUCACUUGCUUGAAGCUGAAUGCUGAGAGAUUUCACAGGAAACUCAUCUUUGACGCUGUGAAUGAAAUUCUUGGUGCGAAAUUAGCCUCCUCCCCUGAGCCGUGGUUUCAGCCGAACUGUGACAGACUCACGAAGAAAUCGCUCAGUGCUCAAAAGCUUCUUAAAGAACUAUGCUUUGAGAUAGAAAAAGUUCAAGCCAAGAAGCCAGGGUGGUGCUUAGAAUUGGAAGGUGAAGAGGAUGAUGGUCUGAAAAGUAUUCUGUGGGAAGAUGUGAUGCAUGAAGGUUCAGAAAGUUGGAAAAACUUCAAUGGUGAAAUACCUGGGUUUGUUUUGGAUGUUGAGAGACUCAUAUUUAAGGACUUAGUAGGUGAGAUUGUGAUUGGAGAAGCCGCUAGUAUGCGGCUCAAGCCAUCGGUUAGGCGCAGGAAACUAUUUGGAAAGUAGUUGCUUCCAUUCCUUCCUUUUUCUCACUUAUAUUAGAUCUAUAUAAUCUUUUCAUUUCCAUAUGAUUUUUAUUUUCUUGUGUCGAGGCAUAAAAGUUUGCUUAUUCGAGUGUUGGUCAGCAUUGUUAUCAUCAUUGUUAUUUUUUCUGCUAAGGUGUAAAGAAAUUUGACUUACCAUGGACUUAUGGCAUACAUACUAGAAUUCAAUUUAACAUUUUUCUUAUCCUCAA